CUCCCUUGAAAAUGGAGGAAAAUUCAGAUUUUUCAACAUCUUCAGAUAAAACGAAUAAAAUACCCCAAGCUGGUCGAUAUUAUGCUUUGUAUACACUUUUGAAUAAUAAAAACAGUCAGUCAGAUGAAAACAAAACUGAGAAAGGAAGUGAAUCAGAAUCGGGAUCUGAAAAUUCCAGCAAUAACAUAACACAAGAGAAAAGCGUAUCUGUGGUUGCUAGUAACUUGACUGCAGAUGGAGAGACCCAAUUAAGAAAGUAUGUCACUAAGCGUGUUGCUAAGGGUAACCUACAUCCUGGCAUUGGAAGCAUCACCAAUCUGGAUAUUGGACCAGAUGAGUCAACAGUGACAUCAUGCUGUUACUACUGUAUGCUUCAGAAGGAUGUGACAUCAUCCGAUGACAGCGACGUCUUAGAAUGGAUGGUUUGUUACAUGACUAUGGGACAGCAUUCUCUCGACCACCAUGGCCUUGUCAGACAUCUAGAUGAGAAGAUGACAGAACUGACAAGCAGAGUGGGCCCCUAUCUAGAUGCUUGGUAUGAUGCUUCCAUACAGUUUAUGUCCUACCCUGUACAGUGGCUAUUUAAUGACCUAAAAUUUCUACUCAGUGCUGCAUUAUCAAGUAGUCCAAUUAGUUACGGCUGUAGUGAAAAGGAAAAGGAUAUUAUAACCAGGUUUAUCAAAACAUGUAGCAUAGCAGAAGAAUUAACGAAGAGUCCUCGAGGUGGAAAUGAAAUAACAGAUGAUCCUUUAGCAGAUACUGUCCUGGUUGACAUAGCAGAUGUGAAACAUUCCAAACCUGAUUCCACACUCCACAUUGAUGCCAAUUUUAAAUUAACAAAUAAACAAGAUUGUACUCCAUUCUGCGAGGAGUGGGCUAGUACAUUGCUUAGUGGAGACACAACAGAUGCUCAUUAUGUACGCCAGGUCUGUGAUACCUACAGACUCAAGGCUGUCCAAGACAUUAACAGUUUACAGAGACUGGUGCAUAAAGCUGAGAGUGACCACUAUGCCCUAUACAGGGCAUUGGUUUUUCUCCAGAGGUCAGAUAAUGCUUCUAUGUUAUUGGAACGUGCUAGACAUGAGACCACUACCAAGGAGACACUAGCAGUGCUGGACUCCCUUAGGGAAUACAUACAAAAUAAUGGAGGAUUUAAAUUGGUGACGUGA